GAGACAGACGAUAUCAGCACGAGAGACUAUUUCUUCGGAAUUACUCUUCUUAGUAUUGCUUUAGUACUCUCCUGUUUCAUGGGAAUAUAUCAAGAAUUAACUUACAAGAAAUACGGGAGCAACUGGCGCGAGGGUUUAUUUUACACGCAUUGUCUCGGAUUACCUCUUUUUCUGGUUUUCUAUUCAGAUAUCUGUGACCAAGUCCAGAUACUCAACUCAUCACCUGUAAUGUCUCUAACCAAAGUCCUUCCUGAUGCGAUACGAAAGACCGUUCUGGCCGACUUAGUUUUGUCAUUGUUUAAUGUCUUCAGAAUCCGUACGGCAUGGCUUUAUCUUUUUUUCAAUGUACUCACACAAUAUGUUUGUAUUUCUGGAGUUCAUCGAUUGAAUUCCAGGGUAACUGCUCUUACACUCAAUCUUGUGCUGAAUAUUCGUAAAUUUACAUCUCUCUGCAUCUCCGUGUUAUACUUUGACAAUGAUCUCACUCUGGGCAUGGCUGUCGGUGGUGUUCUUGUAUUUGUUGGAACAUUUUUGUAUUCUCUUGGGAGCGCGAAAGAAGCAGACAAGGGUAGCAGUGAACUUAUCGACCGAGAACGUGAAAAGACUACCAAACUUGAAUAG